GGUGACUCAGGGUGAGUUUUCUGUCUGAAGCCCGUUGCAUGCUUCCCAGUCAACAGUUUGCAUGUAUUAAAACAACAUUUUGAGACGUUUUGGUGUUCGGCAGGUUUUUUUCCGGCUGUUCAUGCACACAUCUUUUUUUUUUCUUCUUGAGGCAAGUCGAAGUUCGGUAGCCGAAGUCUGCGCCCCUUUGUCAGGGAUUGAUCAACAGUACUACUCCUAGUAGGAUUAGGCAUAGCUGGGCAGAUGCCAUGACGGCUAUCCGACUGCCACAUGUAAAGUAUAUCUGCCCCCACGCACCCAGAAUCCCCGUCACUCUCAAUAUGAAGAUGACCAUGCCCUCAUGGUUUGACCUGAUGGGUCUCAGCCCAGAUUCUCCAGAGGACGAGGCUGGCAUCAAGAGGGCAGCGGAGAACAUCAAGGCCAUAAUCGACCAUGAGGCAAAGAAUGGGAUACCCGCCAAUCGUGUGCUCCUUGGAGGGUUCUCUCAGGGUGGGGCUCUGUCCUUGUAUACCGCUCUCACCUGUCAGCAGCAAUUGGCGGGCGUGGUCGCUCUCAGUUGCUGGUUACCGCUUCACAAGAGUUUCCCACAGGCGGCGAGCGCCAGUGGGAACAGAGACAUGCCCAUACUGCAAUGUCAUGGGGAGAUGGACCCCAUGAUCCCAGUGCAGUUUGGGGCCAUGACGGCCGAGAAGCUCAAGGUCAUCGUCAACCCUCAGAAAAUUACCUUCCGGACCUACCCGGGACUUGUGCACAGCUCCUGUCCUCAGGAGAUGGCAGCAGUGAAGGAAUUCAUUGAGAAGCAGUUGCCCCGAAUCUGACCUCGCCUCAACCCCACUGUGACCCUUAGACACUGACUUCUCACCUCUGACCUGCCAUUCUCCCACUGGAAACAGCCAUGAGCACUGCCCCCUCCCCAUACAUACAUACACAGUAACACUUAAUUUCACAUAUCAUCAUCAUCAUAUGCACAUAAUACAUUCAAUAAAAAUCCAACCAACGCACAUCAUACUGGACGCACCAUUUAUAAACGCACAUUUGUUAACACACUGAAGUGCACACUCAAGUCUUACUUUUUUGAGCGAGAAUCACUCACUCACACAGUACAUUCCCCUGGGAUUCUUUUCUCUCUUAUCCAACCCGCCAUUGUCCCCUCUUUCUUUCUCUCAAUCUCUCUCUCCUUUCACAACCUCCACUCCUGUUUCCCUCCUAUGCUGUGUGUCAGUCAGUCAGUCAGUCAGUGAAGCAGUUAGUAUGCAGGUGGCCCUGUUGCUAGAUGCCACCUGGUGUCAGAGAGCCUGGCUCAGGUUCAGCAGCCUGUGGUUCUGGUCCUCAGGCCCCGAGGUCUGGUGCCGCCUGGAGUGACUCUGGUGCCGUCUGGAGUGACUCUGGUGCCACACUGCUCUGCAUGCUGUUCCCAACGGGUUCACGGCCACUGGUGGGGUUGUGGUCACACCCCAGCUACCCAUGGGUUCCCGUUACUCCUGGGUGCCCCUACUUGUGCUGAUUCAAAUAUCUGACAUUAUUAAAAAAAAAAUAAAGGAAAUAAAGGAAACCUAUGGAUCAUUACUUUUGCCACCAUCUUCUGUUCUUUACCACAAUUUAGGGCUAUUGAUGAUGUGGAUAAAGUGUACAUUUUAUGAUUUAUUUGGUUUGACAUGAAUGGGAAUGAUAACAAAAAUAAAUGUAUAAAAUCAGACAUUAUUUCCAUUGCAUGUCCAAAAUGACGUGGCAGGAUUUCAUAAAAAUGUAUUGACUGAUAAAGAUUAAAAUAUUGAAUUUCAUACACCUUAGGGCUUAAAAAAAUCCUAGAAAUUAUUUUAGCUGCUUGUUCGUUUAUUGCACGAAAUAAAUAGUCAGCAAAGCUAAACCUAGAUUGGUAAUGUCUCACACCAGAUGGAACCAGACCAGGACAUAAAGUGUAGUAGACAGAACUUGACUCAUUUGACUGCAACUCUUCCUAGCCGUUCCCUCUCAGCAUCUAGCAUUUGACCAGUGAGCCAAGUUCCAUUCCAUCCAUGUGUCCAGCACAAAUCAGUUUCAGCUCUCACGCUGACAGGUCAUUUUUACUGUCGAGCAAAACUAUUUACUCAUUUGACAACUUACUGGCACCCACUAGUAAAGUGUGAAAAGGUCCUAGUUACAUUUUAAAAUGGGUAUACACUGGGAAGGCUUUGAUAGAAAAAAGCUGUUCCUUUUAAUUGAAGGGUGAUUUUUUUUUAAAGCAUUAAUCUUGAACAACUUGUGGCGCUUGGGUGUAUGACUAACUCUGAGUUAGUUUGCUAUAAUAAGGUGUUCUGUAUUUUCCUUUUGUCAAUGUUUUCUCUGUAUGAUGACCUAUUCUGUGUUACUGAAACCUAAUUUAAAAGGGUAGACAUUGGAGAAUAAAAAAUCUCUAUUGAUUGUUCCGCUAUUUAAUGAAUGUCUCUUACUCCCUAAUUUGUCUGUUAUUACAUGUUUCCCCAUGUUAUCUUCCUUGACCCAACACAUCUGUUGUUACUUUUCACUUGUACUAGUGGGCUACCUUUUGUAUUCUUUUCUCUGUUACUUUCUCUUGUCUUCCAUCCCUUUUCGCCUUCUAGUCCCAUCCUGUCACCUAAUUCCAUGUGGGACAAGGUUGGAUAAAGUGUCUCAUAUGUUCUCCUGAGUUGGACUUUGUAAUUGUUUGAAUUUUUACGGUUGUGACUCAUUUUGAUUUGUCAUUUUGUCUCAAUGCGUUUGGUCACUUUGUCAUCUCAUCUUUGUGUCUUUUUAAUUUGACUGGCUAAAACAUGUUGAGCGACUGUUUGUCCCUCAGGUUAUUUUAUUUUUCCAAGACACCUGUAUGUGUGGAAUAAAUGAUGCAAAUAACAACAGUG